AAGCGCUCCAGCGUUUAUUAAACGGCUAUUGUACUUAAUCCCCUGUCUUUUUGGGAUUAUUGGAAGUCACGUUUUCGAUUGGACGUUGCGUCUAUUCAUUUAUAAAGCAGAUCAUGUCGAACAGCUCAUGGAAAGUUGGAGCGGGAUAUUGUCAGAUUAUCAAGAGGAUGUAAAGAUUAAUCGAUCGCUGGCUCAUAAUCACCCUCCUCAAAUAUGGUCGGUUGGCCAUAUACAGUAGGGCUGGGGAGUUUAACUGGAAGAAUAUAUCUCGGGUCAUCGAAUGUAGAAAGUAGCUGCCAGUUGCUAAGCCUUUUUUUAUUUAUUCAUUCUCGAGGAUACAGUGAAAAGUUCAAGAAGGGAAUUAUCGGAUGCAAUUUCAAGAGAUUUGUAUGAUUCAAGUUCUAAUGAAUUCGGGAAAAUAUUUUAAACAAAAACCUUGAGAUUGUAACUUUUUCUGAAUAUAAGCUGCAGAUGAACAAUUUCUAUGGAUAUGAGGGAACACUCUAGAUGGAUGAUUUUAAUUCGCUGAAAAAUUUUAAAAGAAAAUUAUAGGAACAAGGAAGCCAUUAUCUAAAAAUAACAGCCAGAUUUUUUCUAGCAUUCAUUAAAUGCCAUCGACAAAAGACUAUAAAUGGCAAGCAGUCGUCGAGGUUCAGGGUCCAGCGGUGGAAGGGAUGCACCCUCUGUAAUGGGUGGCCAUCGCGAAGGAAAUACGAAUACACCGAAGUCCCCGUCACCUCAGUCGAAAAAAUCAUUUGCUUCCUUUGUGAAGAAGGUUAAAAUGGGCAAAAAAAUAGAGAAAGCCCUGAAGGACAAGGGGCAUUCCAGUGCCAGUCAAGAACAUGAGGAUGACAGUAAAACUCCAGAGCCAGGUGACGAUUCAGAGCCACAUGUGUGCACAGGCAACCUAAGUGUAGACUUCACUGAACUGUGUAGGAGGAACAAUAUGGCGGUCAUUCCGCCUGUGGUUCAGCGUCCCCACCGCCCUGUCACACCACCCCCUGAGCCAGCCAGCAAGGCUGAGAAGGGGAAAGGAAAGCAACAACAGCAACAACCAGAACCUGAUCCUGAACCUGAGGGAGAAGGAGAACCUGUUGAACCACCUCCGAAGACUUACACAACUAAGGACAAGUAUGAAUAUUUCAAACCUACAGUUCAGGUGGAAAUGGAUAACCCAGACAAAUGGGACACUGUCACAGAAGUCUUUGUUAAAGGUUGGAAGAUAGAUGAAACUAUGAUGAAUGUAUUCAAGCAAUGCUGGCUUACUAUGGAUAGACUUCAUACCAUCAAUUUAUGGGAUACAGGGCUAACAUGUGACACAGUGGAAAUUCUAUCUGGAUUCCUGCCUCAAUGUGCCAACCUUAAAACUGUUAUUUUAGAUGGAAACCCAGUUCCAGAAGAAAACUGGUAUUCACUCAUUGGUGAUGAAAGCCAAAUCCAGACCUUGUCCUUGCGUUAUAAUCAAAUUACUGACAAAGGCGCAGAACAGAUUGGAAAGGCUCUGGGGACCACACAGAAAGCUAACACUAAACUCUUAUCACUUAAUCUCAAUGGCAAUAGAAUCACUGAUGUUGGGGCAACAGCUAUAGCUGGGGGACUCAGAAUGAACCGUAAUUUGCUUUCCUUGUCACUAGAACACAAUCAGAUUGGGGAUCUUGGAGCUAAGAAAUUUGGAGAGGUUUUAUCUAGAUUUCCAUUGACCCAUGAAGAAGUUGUAGAGAGGAGAAAAUUGCUUUCAGAAAAGGGAGCUCCAGAUAGGACAAAAUCUCCUCCACCAAGCAGAAGGGCUGAUUCUAAAGACAGGCCAGGAAGUGUAAGAAGUAGCUCUCAGAUAGAUAAAAAGAGGGACAAAUCUUCAAAGAAAAAAGACACAAAAGGAAAAGAUGAAAAAGAUGACAAGAAAGGCAAAAAGGAAGACAAAACUGCUGGCAAGAAAGCUGAUACCAAAGGGUCUAAAGUCUCAAGUUCAGGUAUAGGAGGCCGUGGUUCAGGAGCAUCAGUAGUAGCCGAAACAGCAGGUAAAACUGCAGCAAAGGGCAAGGACAAGAAAGGAGGAAAAGAUAAAAAAGGAGCAGUCCAGCAGGAAGCAGAGCCUGAAACACCAGAGCUUGCAAAUCCACUGUUGGAGCAGGUAGAAAACAUCAAUCAUGAGCUUUGGGUACCUGGAAACAGAGUUUUAAUCAGCCUAAAUUUAAAAAAAAAUUUGAUAGGUUCAGAAGGAAUGAAAGAGUUGCUCAAAGCCAUACAAUAUCAAACUACAUUUUCCAAGCUGUCCUCAGGGUCAGGCACAGGUUUAAUGAGGAUUUGCUUAAAUAAAAAUAAAGUGUCUAUGGACAAUGAUAUUUUGGAGAAGAUAAACCAAAUGAUGCUAACCAAGGAUCCUUUUUACAAACCUCCCCCCUCUAGUCCAGAAAAUGAAUCACAGGUAGCAGGGUGACUGAAGGAAAAUGAAGACUUGCAAAGGACAUUUUUGUCAUGUGCUAGCAGAUGCAAAGAAACAUUUGAACUUUGGACUUAUAAGAAUAUAGACCACAGAAUUCAAGGUCCUGUACAUGUUGAAUGCAUAAGAUAAAAUCAGACAAUGAUAUGCUUUUUAGCCCAUAUUGAGAAAAUUUGAGAAUUAAAUUAAAAUAAAAAAGCCAAACUGUGAUAAAUGUGCAUAUUCUGUAUAAAUGUUGUACAUUAUGUGAAUAAAAUAUUUUUUGAAACUUU